CACGUAUUUCCGAGCGCCGCACCUCUCCCGUUCCAUUUCCCUUGUAGCCCACUCGGCGCCGCCACGCUGAUGCUCCCGUCGCCGCCGUCGAUCUCGCCGGCGCGGCUGCACAAGCUGGUGACCUCGCAGCCGGACCCGCUCCUCGCCCUAGAGCUCGUCAACGUCACGUCCCCGACCACCACGCCGCAUCCGGCCACCCUCCACUCGCUCCUCCUCCGCCUCGUCCGCCGCCGCGACCACCUCCCUCACGCUCUCGCCCUCCUCCGCCGCCUCCCGUCCCCGCCGUCCCCGCGCAUUCUCCUGCCUCUCCUCCUCGCGGUCCUCCGCCUACGCCGGCCGCCCGACCUCUUCCUCUCCACCUUCAACUCUCUCUUCGUCUCCGGCCCCAGCCCCCUGCCGCUCCAACCCCAGCUCCUCGUCCGCCUCCUCGCCACCCUCUCCUCCACCGCUUCCCACUUCCCGUCCGCUCUCCACCUCCUUCGCCUCGUAUCCUCCCGCCUCCCCCUCCCCGCGCCGCUCGUACUCGCCUCCCACAACCUCCUCAUCGAUGCCGCCGCCCGCUCCGGCCACCUUGCCGUGUCACUCUCCCUCUUCCAUCGCCUCCGUUCUCUCCACGUAUCCCCUGACGCCGACACCUACCGCAUCCUUACCCAGUCACUCUGCCGCAAGGCCCAGGUCCGCACUGCGGCAACACUGCUCGACGAAAUGCUGCAUAGGGGCAUCCCUGCUGACCCGCUGGCGUACACCACCGUGCUGAACGCCCUCUGCCGGAAGAAGCAGCUCCGAGAGGCCUACCGCCUGCUCUGCCUCAUGCAAGGCCGGGGGGUCCCCCCUGACAUUGUACAUUACAACACGGUCAUUGUCGGGAUGUGCCGCGAGGGGCGGCCACUGGAUGCCUGCAAGAUUGUCGGGGAUAUGGCGGAGAGCAGAUGCACUCCAAAUGCGACAACAUAUGCAACAUUGGUUAAUGGGCUGUGUGUAAGCGGAUUAUAUGACAAGGCACAGGCUUACCUGGGGGAGAUGGUUGGUAAAGGGUUUGUGCCACAUUUCUCGGUGUUUCAUUCAGUGAUCAAGGGGAGCUGUGCAGUUGGGAGAGUAGAGGAGGCUGCACAAAUCAUGACUCGGAUGCUUGGCCUUGGGUUGGUUCCACAUGUUGGGAGCUGGAGUUCAGUGAUCAGUAGCAUUUGCAAUGAUGAGGAUUACAUUGAGAUGGUCUUCAUGCAAAUGGUGACAAGAAGGCAUCAUGGUUCGAACACCAUCUCGACGAGUACCUGAUAAAGCUUUAAGCUUUUGGCGCAUCUGGGUUCAAGACAUCUAAAUGUGUCAGAUAUUAGUCCUUGGUGACUUCAUGGCAACUAGACAGUUUUGGCAUCAGUAAUUCAGAACUGAGAGAAGGUUCAGCCAUGCAGGGAGAUCCCGCAGCGACAGUGAUUAAGUGAUAUAUCCCAUUGACGCAGUAAGACGUCUUAUGGGCAGAGCUCCAACUGCUGCUGAUUAGCAGAAGAAAAAUCAUCUUAUCAUCAGAAUGAACCUAGUACACGGUUCCUUUGAGAAGUAAAACCCCCAUUUAUCAGCUGCCAUGCAGUUUCAGGCGUUGAGGGAACCGGGGGGGGGGGGGGGGUCCUGCUGAGCCAGGAGGAAGCUGUGGCAAGUUGCUUCUGCAAUGACUGCAGAGUGCUUAUGCUGAAGCAUAGUAUGGAUGCUUGUUUUUCUUUCUUUCUUUUGACUGGAGGCAUUAUUAUGGUCGCCCAAAGAGUAGAUAAGACACAAUGGAUCUGGAUAAUUCCAUGUUAGCAGAGAGAACGUUGGUAGUUUGUGGAGCGCGGAAUGCAUACAUGUAUGUAACUUAUGACAUGUCUCAACCAAGGAUAACUUUUUUUUUACUAAGAUCUCAAUCAAGGAUAACCGGUAACUUAUCUCGUCCUCGAGCUUCAUGUCAAUCUCCGAAAUAA